AUGUCUAACAAAACCAAAGUUUCUUCCGAAUGGAAGAAACGCGUCAAAGCUGAGUACAUGAGACUUCGUCAAAUUAAGCGAUUUAAAAGAGCUGACGAAGUUAAAGUAGCAUGGAAUAUGAACAUGAAGCAGUUGACAGAUUUGCUUUCUGAUGAACAAAGGAAAUGGGCUGAUGGCAAAGCUAUUUGGGUUCAUAAAAAUGCUGAUGAACCCCAUGCAAGAUGCAUGAAAGAAGCCCAUAUAACAAGGUCUGAUGGGGAACUUAUGACAGGGCGCAUAAAAAUUAUCAAUGCAGUGACACCUAUACCCACCAUGUAUACAUGGGCUCCUAUUCAACAAAACUUUAUGGUUGAAGAUGAAACUGUAUUACACAACAUUCCAUAUAUGGGAGAUGAAAUUUUAGAUCAGGACGGUACAUUUAUCGAAGAAUUGAUAAAGAAUUAUGAUGGGAAAGUUCAUGGUGAUCGUGAAACUGGAUUCAUUGAUGAUUCUAUUUUUGUUGAACUUGUGAAUGCAUUAAUACAAUAUCAGAUAAAAGAUCAGCAAGAUGGUGUUACUAUCAAAGAAGAAGCUGGAGUAGAUACAAAAGAAAAAAAGAAAGAUGUUACAUCAUGGCCAUCAUUAACCAACGGUGAAGAAAAGCCAUUUCCUUCAUUCGUUAUAUUUGAAGCUAUUUCGUCUAUGUUCCCUGACAAAGGUUCCCCUGAUGAACUUCGUGAAAAGUAUAUAGAGCUCACUGUGCGCCUUGAUCCCAACGCCUUGCCUCCUCAAUGUACUCCUAAUAUAGAUGGUCCAAUAGCCCAGUCUGUGCAGAGAGAGAAAACUUUACAUUCUUUCCAUACUUUAUUUUGUCGCAGAUGUUUUAAAUAUGAUUGUUUUCUUCAUUCUGUGCAUCAUACACAUCCCAAUCUCAAGAGGCGGAAAGGUCCUGAACUAAAAACAUUUUCUGAACCUUGUGGAGUUGAUUGUUACAUUCACAUAGAAGGUGUCAAAGAAAAGCUUGCCGAAAAAAGUAGAGAAGAAGCUGCAGAAAUGGAGGCUAAGAUGGAAGAAGACUCAGCAACUCAGAGCGGUGUCAUCAAAUUAGAACCAAAGGGAGAAGAAGAAAAAGGUGGACCCAGAAAAGUUAGGAAACAGACCUCAGUCGAUUCAGGAAAUGAAGCUAGUUCAGAAGACAGUAAUGACAGCAAAGACGGCAAAGGGGACAGUGGUGACAGUGCUGAACCUAUGUGUACUUCAUUUUCUCUAAGAAGCCCUGGUGAUGACAGUAAGGAAUGGACUGGUUCUGACCAGUCUCUCUUUAGGGCUCUCUACAAAGUCUUCUUAAGAAAUUAUUGUGCGAUUUCUCAGAUGAUGCUUACAAAAACUUGUCAGCAGGUCUACUACUUCGCACAGAAGGAUCCAUCGGUUACGCAGUUUGAUGCAGAAAUGAGAGAAUACACUCCGCCACGAAAGAAGAAGAAGAAGCAUCGUCUUUGGUCUGUUCAUUGUCGUAAGAAUUCUAUGAAGAAAGAAGGCAGCAAUCAUGUACAUAAUUAUACUCCUUGUGACCACCCAGAAAACAAAGUUUGUGAUCAUCUUUGUCCCUGCCAAGCCACUCAAAACUUCUGUGAAAAGUUUUGUCAAUGCAGCAGUGACUGUCAGAAUAGGUUUCCUGGUUGCCGUUGUAAAGCCCAGUGUAACACUAAACAGUGUCCUUGUUAUUUGGCUGUUAGGGAAUGUGAUCCAGACCUUUGUCAAACCUGUGGGGCUGAUGAUUUUGACGUAAAUCGCAUAACAUGCAAGAAUGUGAGCGUGCAAAGAGCAUUGCACAAACAUUUGCUGAUGGCGCCUUCAGAUGUUGCUGGAUGGGGUAUAUUCCUCAAAGAGUCAGCACAGAAAAAUGAAUUUAUAUCUGAAUACUGUGGAGAAAUAAUAUCUCAAGAUGAAGCAGAUCGCAGAGGAAAAGUAUAUGACAAAUAUAUGUGCUCCUUCCUCUUUAAUUUAAAUAAUGAUUUCGUCGUGGAUGCUACAAGAAAGGGAAAUAAAAUAAGAUUUGCCAAUCAUUCAAUUAAUCCUAACUGCUAUGCCAAAGUUAUGAUGGUGAAUGGUGAUCAUCGCAUCGGAAUUUUUGCAAAGAGAGCAAUACAGCCUGGGGAAGAGCUAUUUUUCGAUUAUAGAUAUGGCCCUACUGAACAACUAAAGUUUGUUGGCAUAGAAAGAGAAAUGGAAUUCUUAUGA